AUGCAUAAGGUCGCGUUCACCCUGUCCGAGGUCCUGGGGCACGGCAGAGAAGAAAAAUCCCUCGCCCCCCUUUUUUGCGUUUUUGUCGCUCUCCCCGCAACGAUGAACCCCUUCCAGUUCAAGCCAGGAAACAGAAGCAACUACAGUCCCCUCAUGGGUGGUGGUUCACUGGACGACAGCGGAGACGAGUCGCUCCAGUCCGAUACAUUGCUCGUCGGAGAUCGAAUCACCGACACCCAACUCAUCGAACGAGAGCUGCCCGACGAUGCCUUUGAAUCUGAGGAUGAGCAUGACCCCCUCGAAGAUUUUACACCGUCGUCCAGCGAAUCCACAAAUUCUCCAGUCGUCGUUGUGGACAAAGGCAAGCGUCGAGCAGAAUACUGCCCGCCUAUCGGCACGUCCAGCAAGCGCAUAUAUGAAGGCCCUCAGCCCCCGCCCGAAGAUAUGAAGUACGCCGAGCUCAAGGAGAUCUUCAAAGUCAGCAUCCCGGACUUUGACAGAUACGUUGGCACAGGCAUGGUCAUGGUAUACACGGACGAUAUUGUGUUGCGAAAUGAUGCCUAUCCUGCCAUGUGCCAACGUAUCGUCGAACAUUUCGGGUUGCAGGACUGGGGCACCUUCGACCUCGAGAACCUACACCUCGUCCUCCAAGGGCUCUAUUGCUUUGUUGAAGGCAGAAGAGAAAGCUUCGUUGGAGGUUUUGAGUCCCCGGUCAAGUUGAGGAUUCCGCGUUCGUCGACCUGGUUCAAGUCCGAGCGCCACCUCUGGGAAGCCGUGGCCAACAACGCCGAGUUCCGCAAAUCGGUCAUGAAGUGCGAAAGGCUUAGAAGCAUCCCUACGGACAACGUUCGUCACUUCGAGCAUAUCCUCAAGGAAAUCACGGGCCCCUUGAAGACCAGAUACAUUCAGGCAAAGUUGAGGGAGCAGAGUCAAUCAUUCGACUCUGGAGUGUUUGAUUUUGUUCACUCUGAUGUUUUUGCUCUCUUUGACCCGGCCAUGAUGUUGUCUGAGUAUCUCCCCAUGGUUGAGGAUGUGGAUUCGACCCAUCGUCAUCUUUUGAUCUUCCGCACCCCUGAUGAUGUUCAGCCCCCGCUUCGAAUUCUCGGUGCCCAGGAUAGACUCCUUCCCCUUGAACGAUUUCAGAUCGAGAUGUUGACCCCUUCAGAGCCUAGGACGUCGUCUAAGGUGUCUCAGGAUGUUUUCUUGCACUUGCAUUUCUGUACUUUCAGCACUGUAGGCGACUGGCCCCUUGCUCUUUCGAAUGUCGUCAAAUUGGCAAUCGAGUACUCCACAUCUUACCCGAUGCUGAACCCCGAUGUUUCUUUCCACUGGAGCGAUUUCCCAAGCAUGCCAUUUUUGACUGAUCUGUCUUUGGGCAUCUCUGGUCUUCAAAAACUCGGGAGGAUGCCAGAGGUGCUCUCGGGUUUGGAAAUGCUCGAUCUUUCAGGCUGCACCUCUCUCGAGUCAAUUGUGAAGAUGCCCUCGGCGAUGGACAAGUUGAAAGUUCUCCGACUUCCGACGAGCCUCGAGACCACGGCCGGCCUUCCCAAGUCUAUGAAGGAGCUCGAGCUCCUUACUGGGAUUGUCAAUAACCGAAACUUGACGAGACUAUCCGACUUUCCGUUCACCCUUCCCCGACUCAAGAAUUUGGAGAUCCCGCCUGGCACAACCUUGAAUCUCUUUGGGAUGCCCUUGAACCUUCCGGCCAUGACAACUAUCACUGGACUGGAGAAUUGUGAACAGCUGGUGUCUCUCUUGGGCAUCACGAAGACGGUUCCACAGCUGCUCGAGCUUAAGUUGCCGAAGGAUGUCGUCUCCCUUGAACCACUGGCCGACGCAACGCUUCCCAGAUUGGCCAGUCUUGAUCUCUCCCGCUGUAUCAAUAUGGUUGAAAUCGACGCACACCUCGAGAAUGUGGUGACUCUUCGCUCAUUGGCACUUCCCGAGAAUUUCAAGUUCCUGAACGAAUUGAACAAGCUACCUCGCACAAACCUCCAUAAACUCGAUCUCUCCAAGUGCACCAGGCUCAGGAGUUUCGCAGGUAUGCCUGAAAUCCCCAAUCUUCAACACAUCGUCAUGCCAAGGAGCUUCUUGGAUUUUGCCGGAUUGAACGUUACGAGCCUGGUGAAGCUGGACAUUUCCAAGUCAUUCAAGUUCCCCUCCUAUAUGGAUACCUGUCGCUUUGUUAUCCAGCAGUUGGUGGUGAAUCAGAAUAUGCACCAGUGUUCUAAGCGCAUCACCUGGGGUGAGAACUAUCGCCGCCUUCACGAUCGUCCCGAGCCCGUUUAUAUUUUCGUCGAGUCGUUUGUUUCCAAUGAUUAAAUCAAUAAAGUGACGUCCAUUCAUGCGAAAC